CCUGCUGGGAAAUGAAGUCAGCAUCUCCAUAAAGCUUGUAAGCAGAGAUAAGUGUGACGUGAUCUAAAAUGUCCUGGUAGAUAACUGCUUUGACUUUAGGCUUGAUAAAACCCAGUGGACCAACACCAGCAGAUGACAUGGCUCCAUAAAUCAUCCACUGUGGAAACUUCACUGGACCUGCAGCAGCUUGGAUUCUCCUUCUUUGGACUCGUGGAGUUUGACUUUGAAAUGUGGAAAGAGAACUUUCAACCACUGAGGAACAAACAGUUUUUCCUCUCCUUAGCCCAGUCAAGUAAGAACGACUUCCGUCGGAAAUGGGACAAAGACGAAUACGAAUCCCUUGCUCAGCAACGGCUGGCGGAGGAGAGGGAGCUCGAGAAGAGAGAUGGAAAAAUGGUUCCGCCGGUCAAGCGGGAACUCCUGCGUCACCGAGACUACAAAGUGGACCUGGAGUCCAAACUGGGGAAGACCAUUGUCAUUACGAAGACGACUCCUCAGGCGGAGAUGGGCGGGUAUUACUGUAACGUGUGUGACUGUGUGGUGAAGGACUCCAUCAACUUCUUGGAUCACAUUAAUGGAAAGAAACAUCAGAGGAAUUUGGGCAUGUCCAUGCGGGUGGAACGAUCAUCUCUGGAUCAAGUGAAGAAACGCUUUGAGGUGAACAAGAAGAAGCUGGAGGAGAAGCAGAAGGAGUAUGACUUCGAGGAGCGCAUGAAGGAGCUGCGGGAGGAGGAGGAGAAAGCGAAGGCCUACAAGAAGGAGAAGCAGAAGGAGCGGAAGAGGCGAGCCGAGGAGGACGUGGACUUUGAGGAGGACGAUGAGAUGGCAGCUGUGAUGGGGUUCUCUGGUUUUGGAUCGUCCAAGAAGAGUCACUGAUGCUCACCUACAAACAGGAAACCUGUUUACAGAGAUUUGCAGACCAGGAUGAGACUGAUGACACAGAGCAGAGGAUGGAAGCAUCUUCCUGGUCCAGACUUAAUCCCAGAUAGUCUCUUAUUUUGGUAGUUUAAUCCAUGUCUCUGUCACAGGAUGAAGAGUCUCUAGGUAUGUUUAAAGUAAAGCUGUAGGUUUCAGGUGAGACAAAAGGCAGCUCUGAACAGGUGAUUGGUCAGCUGUGGAGCUGAAGUAAGAGAACACGACACCAAGAUCUGCAGAAGUUUCCUUCAAGACAAGAGUUUGACUGUGACAUGCCUGAGGUCAUCUGGUUACCAACCUGUAAAAGUUUUUAGUUUGUUUGUUGGGAUGCGGUGGUAGACUCCCACCUAACCAAAAUACAUAAACAUCAGUAGUUUAAGGUUUCUGUUUUUAAAAAGUGAAAAUUAAAGAAUCUUCUGAAGGUUAGAGCUGAGGAACCAGAACGCUGCUGCUGGUUUCGUCUCAAAUUCACAUUUUAAUAAAAUUUGGUUUCUGAA